AUGGCCGGAGGCAAGGGAAAAAGCUGGCAAAAGAUUCUGGAAAGUCGAAGUCUAAAGUUAUUUCGCGCAGUGCUAGGGCAGGACUUCAGUUUCCUGUUGGCAGAAUUCAUCGUUUUUUGAAACAACGGGCCACAUUGCACGGACGCGUAGGCGCCACUGCCGCUGUUUACAGGUUUUUGACAUUUUUUUUUCUAUUGAUAAUUUGAACCAUUUCUAGCGCCGCUAUAUUGGAAUAUUUGACUGCCGAGGUUUUGGAAUUGGCCGGCAAUGCAUCGAAGGAUCUGAAAGUCAAGCGUAUAACGCCUCGUCACUUGCAUCUCGCAAUCCGCGGUGACGAAGAGUUAGAUACCCUCAUCAAGGCGACCAUUGCUGGAGGAGGUAAAAACUAGUUUAUUAUCAAUCAGUUGGAAAUGAUGAUGUUUCAGGUGUCAUUCCACACAUCCAUCGUUACCUCAUGAACAAAAAAGGUCAACCUCAACCAGGACAGAAGCCGCCAGCGCCUUAA